AGAGCAGCGACACCGGACUGCUCCGAGGGAAUUAGGCCGGACUCGGGCGCGUGCGGUGCUCGGCGCGCGUAGAAGGGCGCAUGCUGGGACGUGUCACGGGCACGCGUGUGUCACGAUCGCCCAUAUAUUGCUAUCGUGACUGGCCAGAAGGCGCCGCGGCGGGGCGGAAGGAGGGCGGGCGUUCGAGGCUUGGUAGCGCAGGCAGGCGCGUAGAUAGGCCAGCUCACGGUGGCGUUUCCGCAGCGAGCUACGGGAUCGUCCCAUGCUCGUAGGUCGCCCGCGUGUAGCCUCGCGGUUCCAAAGAGGGUUGCUGCUGGUUCCGGACGGUCACGCGUCGUGUCAACGCGAGGAGUGGCCAGAAACAGGCACUAAACCCGCUGUGCUGGACCGAUCGAGUGAAAUGAUUGAUAACAUGGUACGGGGGUAGGAGGACAAGGAAAACGAAAGAAAAGAAAAGACAAAAGGAAAACUAAGAAAAAGAAAAAUAAUAAUCCCAGCCCAUCGAGCCGCGAACUGGUCGCCAGUAACGAAACUGCUACUCGUGGCAGCCAGCGGCAUUGGUGUUGAUGGUUAGUGGCCGUGGCGUUGGUGGUGGUGGUGACGAUGAUGAUGGUGGUGGCGGUGGUGGUGGUGGUUUCCGAUCGUGUUGGUGACCGUCGGUAGUUGAGGGAACCGUAUCGUGGUGGUGCGCGGAUGGUGGUGGUGGUGGUGGUAGUAGUGUCGGAGUAGUGCUGCUGCCUCGCGUUCGACGACAGUUAGCGAGGGAGAGAAAGAAAAGUAGCCCUCGAGGUUACGAGGCCAGAGGAGAAAGUGGGUGUUGCCGGAGUGAUAAACCGUAGGAACCCGUACGGGUCCUCGCUGCCAGGACUCGAGAGGAGAACAGGAACGGAAUCGUUGAUAGGAUGCGAGUCGCUCGACGUUUCGACGAGCAUCAUCCCCUAACCGAGAGCCAGAUCCUCGUAGAUCGUGUGCCUCGGCGGCAUCGACGCUGAGGUGUUCGUCCAGGAUGGCAGGAACGAGCCGAGGAUCUCGGCCAGGACCUAACCAGUCUACGCCAGUGAACCGUCGCGGCGGAACCUGGUUUUCGUGCGAUUAAGAGUCCGCCGCUCCUUCAGGAGGGCCGAAAGGGGUGGAGCGCAGGGGUGGUGGUUCUUGGCAUCGCGGGGAUCGAGAUGAGCGAUCUACAGGCCACUCUCGAGUUCUCCCUCGAGCUCUGCAAGUUCUACAAUGUCGACCUGUUCCAGCGUGGGUAUUACCAGAUCCGAACCGCCCUACGAGUGUCGCCGAAACUCCCUGUUAAGGUGGAGGUUAACCAGCUACGGAACCACUCGUUGGAGGCGCCUGGGACGAGCAAGCGCUUUCAGAUCCUCUACAGAAACGAGGAGGUGACACUCGGCACUUCGGUCCUAUUCCGGGCGCACGUGCUCGUGCACAGUCACAAGAUCGAGGAGGUGCUCUCCCGCACCCACUUCAAUCUCGGCGUCGAGCUAUGGUUCAGCGAGCCGACACAGCCCGGCAACAUGGCCUGCGUGUCGUCUAGGGCGUUGCAGCUGAACUUCGCGCCGACUAAGGGGCUUCACUAUCAUCUGCCGGUACUCUUCGAUUAUUUCCAUCUCGCCGCGGUAUCCAUCACGAUCCACGCCUGCCUCGUUGCACUCCACCAGCCCUAUAUCAAGAAGAGCAUACUUCACUACGUGCAGAGUUGCGCGCCGCGCGGAGGGAAGCCAUGGCUGCAAUUCAAACAGUCCGCAGCGAACGGCGAUAAUAACGCCUCGUUGGGAAAUAUCGAAACCACGACGAAGUGUGUCGGAUCAGCGACAAGGAUACAGCACGCGAAACUGGUUCAACAGGAAGUGAUCAGGUUACUCCUUGCCGCACGGGAAUCUUUGCUCAGCGAUUUAGCUGAUUUAGCACGGCUCCUCCCGUCAUGCCAGCAAAGAUCGCUCGAGCUCGCUCAGAACACGCACAAAGAAAUUACCAAGGUUAUGAUGGACACGGAGGAAACUGAUAUCGCUCAACUCUGCGCACAAAAUAUUGUUCUCUGGCAGCAUUUUCUGGAAGCGUUCUCGGGACGUGAGGCCGUUCAUCAGCAUCUCGCUAGGAUUCAUCAUCAACUGAGGGUGAAACGUUUCGCAGAAGGUUUCUUCGUGCUCGAGAAUCCCAGGACUUCAGCCUGGGGUUGCUACGAUGCGAACUACCAGUCUUACCAGGCAGUCAGUGAGGCCGCUAGGAGAUCACGGUAUCUAAUGUCGUUACCACCUCUACCUGUCCACUGUCCAGAACUGGAUGGGGACAUUCACUCGCUGCCUGUGAUAUUCGAGGAUCAGUACGUAGACAUGAAGCAGAGGCAUAGAAACAGCGUUCCCGGAAUGGACGACUGCAGCUGCGGUAUAGCGGCGAUCCUCGAGUCGCGUUCGAUGGGUAUCUGGUCGCCCAGGAGCGAGGGUGCUAACCAGGACAUAGGCAUGGUGCAGGGUCGCCUGACCCUGACUCCUUCCACGUUACCCGCGAGGCACAGCAAAUCCUUGGACCAACUAGGACCCGAGAUCGCUCCAGUUCAGCCAAGGACCUCGCCGAAGACUCUGCCGCGGUCGGUGUCUACUCAGCUGUUCCCUCGACAAAGGGGUGGCGCGAGGAACGCCACGCCACCGGCGACGGUGCCUUCUCGCGGGAGACAGAGGUCGACAGCACCGUCCAGUAACACGCUGUUCCCUCCUUCGGGACAGCAAGCGUGCUCGGCGCCGAAUCCUUCUCUAGGAUCGACGCCAGUGGUCCCGCUGCCGCGGGCAAAGUCCACGCAGAUGCUGGUGCUAAACAGGCAGCAGCAGGCUGAUCCACAAAAUACUUCCAUCACGUCGCUACUAGCCGCCAUGUUCCCUGAGUUACCUCCUGGGGGACAGUUGCCAGGGUACCGGCCCUCGAAACAGUCCUGCGAACAGACACUGACGGUGCCCACUUGCGUGGGAACCAUAGAUCACACACAGAUGACGGACUGCUGGACCGAGAACAAGGCUGAAGACUACCACUCGCUGGACACAAGGAGGAUCCGUCUAGAGCCGCGCAGCCACCGCUUAGCAACGCGUCAGCCGCUGUCCACGGUGACCGACCAGAACAGCUUCCUGCCGGGCAAGAGCGUGAACGGGGACAGCUUCCUACAGGAGCAGCAGCCGCUGCACACGGCGACCCUGGACCGCGUAACGUACCGCGGCAACUCGCGGAAACAGACCCACCAGACGGGCGGCAAAUACAAUCAGGCGAACGGUCUGGAGUCCCGUAGGUACCACACGAUCGGCAAAACCGGUUCGAGCCAGGGCCAGCGGAACCGCGAGAUCCAGGAGUCGAUGAACGGCGGCGGAAUGCCGGCCGGUCAUCCGGCGAUGACGGACCCCCUGUACAAACGAUCGAAUUACUCCGCGGCUACCACGGACUCGUUCUUUUACCGCACGAACGGGACCAGCGGCCGAACGCACGCCGAACCGGACAGGCCGAGGCGGCCGAAGAGCACCGAGAGGCUGGUCGACGACGCGGACCGCAACGAGUACUGCGACUUCCGCCGCGAAAGGCCGAGGAGGAGGGAGGAGAGGCCGGCGAUGAAGUCGCCCAGGAACGGCGCGCCGCCUUGCUACGACGAAGCGCACAGGAGAGCGCAGAUCGACGACAAAACGGAGGUGACCAACGAAAUGUUCUAUAAGGUGAUGACAGCCAUGUCCGAACCGAAGAAGGAGCAACGGCCGGAAAGGAGGAAGGAGAGACACGGGAGGAGGCCGCAUUCCGCGCCAGUUCUGGAUGUUGAUCAUCCUGCUGAGGAUAACAGGAAAUGCAGCCAUAGGAACCGGAAGCCGGCGCCUCCGCCUCCCGCGUACCAGGAUCCGGCGGUCGCGCCACUGCCCAAGUACCGGCAUCCACCCCCAGCGCUUACGACCAGUGUCUUGGAGGUGGAGAAUAAUAAUAAGAUUAUUCUGAAGGUGGAGCCAAUCAAGUCCCCGAUAGAGGCGCCGGCGACGAACGGGACCACUCCGUCGGACACGUCAAGCGGGGGCGGGCCGCUGCCGAACACGAAAAGACUGAGAUGCGCGAGCGUGCCGGUGGCGCAGAACAAGGUGGUGGUGCCGCGGAGCGCGGUCUCUUUGCCCUGCAUGCCGAUCCGGGAUAGCAAGGACAGCCUUAGCAACAAUCUUCCCGUCAUUCCGAAUCCGCUCAGCCCACCGUCCAGCAGACCGAGCAGCCCGACCACGAGCUCGAGCUCCAGCAACCUCACGUCCGAAUGUUCCGGCUGGGUCAGCAGCGGGGACACGUCUAGCUCCGAGCAGCGUCGCAACGCGAAGCUGUCUAGCGAGCAGCUGCGGCAGAAGUUGUCGAAGAUAGUCCCCAGAAAGGAGCGACCGCCCGCCAAAGAGCCAGUCGAGGAACAUUCUUACGAAGAGGUGCGACUUCCGCCGCCGAAGAUGUUCCAGGACGAGCCACCGCCGCCGGAGGAGUUCAGAGAUCCGCCAGCGAUCAUCGAUAAUCCUCUUUAUCACGUUUACGAGACGGUGAAGCCGAUCAGGAGCCCGAAACAAACGAAAACCGCGCCCUGCAGCCCGCAGAAGAACAGGGAAAGAGAAAGGGAACGAGGGAGGGAACCUAUAUACGGCGCUAGGGACAUCUGUCUAGAUUGCUAUCAGGAGGGCAAGGAGCUGCUACAGUCUACCCAGGACGAUUCGAUCAAUUUCAAGAAGUGCAAAGAGGAGUUCAAAAGACAGAUGAGCUUCUCCGGGAAGAUCUACAGAGAACGCAAGGAUCCGCAGUUGCGUUUCCAUAAACGUGCCCAUUCCCUUGGAUACGGUGACCUCAUGACCCCGUCGUCGGUAAAACCUCUAAGAUCGAAUGUGACUAUCCUACCUCUUAGUGACUAUCCGACCCUGGCCUCGACCAUGCCGUACUUCCACAUCAGCAACGAGUACCGGCUCUUCUCGCCGGAGGGUGCCCACUUGAUCAUCUGCGUCCACGGUCUCGAGGGGAAUGCUGCCGAUCUGCGUCUCGUCAAGACCUACUUGGAGCUGUGUCUUCCCGGCGCGCAUCUAGAUUUUUUAAUGUCUGAGAGGAACCAGGGCGACACUUUUUCGGACUUCGACACGAUGACUGACCGACUGGUAGACGAGAUUCUACACCAUAUCGAGACGUCGGGCCUGAACCCGACAAAAGUGAGCUUCAUCGGACACUCUUUAGGGACCAUCAUUAUACGAAGCGCUCUGACGCGGCCUCAAUUGCGACCGCUUCUACCGCGACUGCACACUUUUCUCAGUCUGAGCGGCCCGCAUUUGGGUACACUCUACAACACCAGUGGUCUAGUUAACGCGGGCAUGUGGUUCAUGCAGAAACUGAAAAAAUCGGACUCGCUGCUACAGCUGGCUAUGAAAGACGCGCCGGAUGUCAGACGGUCCUUCAUGUUCCGCCUCAGUCAGAAGAGCAAUCUCGAGAAGUUCAAACACGUUCUUCUUUGCGGCAGCGCGCAGGAUCGAUACGUGCCGCUACAUUCCGCGCGCAUAGAGCUCUGCAAAGCCGCCGUGCGAGACACCUCCGAUCAAGGCGCAGCGUACCGCGAGAUGGUGAACAACAUCCUGUACCCGGUGAUGUCCACCGCGGGGGUGAGUUUGGUCAGAUACGACGUGCACCACGCGUUGCCUGCGACGGCGAACGCGCUGAUCGGCCGCGCCGCGCACAUCGCCGUCCUCGACUCCGAGCUCUUCAUCGAGAAGUUCCUGCUGGUGGCGGGUCUGAAGUACUUCAGAUAAGGAACGGAUGAUACUUAGCGCAGCAAAAGGCGCGAAACUAGCGGUUCAAACUAAAAUAGCGAAUCUAGCCAACGGGAACGGGGGAUCAGUCCGUUUCCCUCGAGCAGAACGGAGAGGAUUCUCGUGACUCUCCGACGCUGCGUUUAGGAUUAAUUAAGCCCACGGACGUACCGUCGGAAUUGCCUCGCUUCCCAGCCACCCCUGAUCCAUCAAUUCCCUCGUUCAUCUUCCUUCCAUCGUAAUUAACCCCUUAGCUGUGCUCUUUUUGAAAGUGUGCGUCUACAUUGUGUCGCUAGAUGGGUUGACGAUUAUCCCAUUCGAGAUUAAGAUUCUUUUGAAACACAUCAUCGGUUAGGAUUCAAAAUUUGAUAGCGAAGAACUUAAGAUUUUUGUGUAUUCGUUGGUCUAUGAGAAUGUUGAUUAAUCAUUCAACUCAUUUGAAAUCGGAGUUAGUUUUGAAAGCAGUCUUUAGCAGCUAAGAUUUAAAAUUGGAUAGUAACGGAUUUCAGAUUUUUGUGUAUUCGUUCGUGUACGAGAAUGUUGAUUAAUCAUUCAAGUCAUUCGAGAUCAUGGUGAUUUGUAAAAGGUCCCCAAGAUCGAACACUCGACAUCAUCACUUAUACCAUUAACAUUUUCUGCAAUCCCGACGAUCUUGAUAUUCACCUUGCCUUGAAACCAGUGCGUUUCAAUUUUUACACAACUUUAACUUAUAGUACUAUCUAACAUAGUAAUCUAACUUUUCACUUCUAACUGAUAAUACAAAUUCAUGAUCAUUACACACCUGGUGUAUAAUUCAUCUCGAAUGGGUUAUAUUCGUCGAAGCAAGUAUCUGCAGCUGCUGUAAAAUUGGAUGAAACUGGAAGAAAAUGCGAACAACUUCUUUCUAAAAAAUCAAUAAUACACUCGUGGUUACACAAGAGAAUCGGUAUUUCUUCGCGUAUAUUCGCCGUUCACAGUUAAGAGGUUAACAAUUGCGAACAGUGAUCACAAUGGCACGAUGAAACUUGUGAUUACUAGUUGUCUGUCUUCUUCACUCGGUCGCAAAGGGAUCGUCGAGGGAACGGGGCAAUUCGGCGAUUUUUACACGGGACGCGGACACAUCGUUCGGACGCAUCGUUUUAGUCGAUCUGUUUCUCUCGUUAGGUUCCUACGCGAAAUUCUCGUCGCGGUGUCGCCACGCCUUCAUCGACGCUUCAUCGAACUCAUCGAAUGGACUGUUUACGAUUGUACCGGAUCGGGCCUACACGCAGCUCGUCUCUCGAGCUGAAUGUUGUUUGUGCGGGGAACGGUUGGGGGUUGAAGAUCGUUGAGGGUAGUUUGAUGCUAUCUGAUUCGUUCGUUUGAUUUCUGUGGUUCUUUAUCGUUGUUCAUUAUACUAAAUAGCAAGCGUGUUUAACAAUGAGAAAGAUCAUCGCUGGAAUCCAGGUGAUCGGAGUUUUCGUUGCUUCCGUUCAUAAGUUAUAAGACGUUCAGAUAAAUAUAAGAAUGUUCGGGGUUCCAUUAUUCAAAGGAAGGACGUGUGUAAAUUCAGUUGGAUGUUGCAUUUUUUACCUGUUUGUAACUAUAACAUGUGAUUGUAUACUAGUGCGACGAAUAGACGAUAAUUUCAAACAUGUUACAUACUUUUCUUUUAUAUGCUCGUUUCAUUGUAGACUGUAUAUUUUUUAACAUUACGAUCGGUUCAUUUAUUUUUUGAAGCUUCUCAAAGUCUCUCCUUCUGAUGAAAACAUUUAAACCCUGUUAAUAUCCAAGGAUAAUAAGAAUAUUGCACUAAGAAUAGUGCUCCUGAUUGCAUUUUCUCGAUCAAGGUUUCAAGUGGAGACAAACGAAAUCUUGAAAUGAAUCACGCCGUAAUUUGCAUUUUCUUUAAAAGAAUAAAUCGUUGGAUAACUCACGAAGAAUAUCUUAUUAUUAUUUGAUCAUUCAAUACUGCUGCAUAUUUUAAUUAAUGUUAUUCUACUUAUAAGAUCGUUCAUUAUUUAUAAAGCUCGAAUAGAACUUUCCUUUUCUUAUCAACUGCUUUUCUUGCGUACCUCGAGAAAAACGAGGGAUCGAAGAUGAAACACCGUCAAACUGCCCUAAACGUUGACCACGAUCGAAGUAUCGAAUUCUCGGCCUAUCGCGGAACCCGGAUGGCCGUCGAGGAAACUCACGCUCACGAUCGAGAAGGAAGAUCGCGAGAUCGAGGGACGUCGGCGCCGAGAUCGAUCGGAUGAUCCUCGGGGCGGCGUCCGUUAUCGUCAGUCGCGUCAUCCCCUUCGAACCGGAAACGGUACGCGACGAAUCGUACAGUUGGGAGAUGACUUGAUGCCUAGUGGAUAGACACAGAGGCAAGAAGAAUCCUUCUAAUUUACAGUUCUAUAAUUUAUUAUAUAACGAUUUAAUUUAUAACGAUUUCAUAGAGCAAAACAGACAAAAUGAAAAAAUCUAACGUUAAAUCAUUUGAUUGAAUUGCAAUCUUAUUAUCGCAUGAUUUAGUUGAAUGCCGUCGUAUUAGUUAACGUUAUUUAUAAUAUAGAAGUCUUUUCAAGUAAUCAUCUUUUAACUGAGUGAAUUAUAGUAAUUUGACUGAGAGUCACCGGUGGCCUCCACGGUAUUCAACUUGUUAACGAUCGAAAAUAUUAGGAAGAUAAUAAAAUCAGCAGGAAAUUGAUGGAGAAAAAAGAAAACUGAUCGAUCAACCGAAUUCCUCAGCCUAGUCAUUAAGUGAUCUCCCUACAGUACACUUGAAAACCGAGGAAACCUCGGUUUCAUCCUCUUCAUCAUUUCUUUCCAUUCCUUUCUUCGACUUCUCCCGAUCUCGAGAAGCGACGUGUCGCUCGCCGUGACUCCAGCAUGGUGUCGAGACCGAAUACAGCGAUGCUCGGUCAAAUUUUAAUGAAUAUUCCUCACUCUUCUCUUACCGCUGACUGUCUCAAAUUCAUACUGUCAAUGCAACUUGAUCUAAGAUCGGUCUCUACUGAGGCAAGGGAAGCAGAUGAAUAGAAUGAGCGGAAGGGAAACAGAUGAUCACUUCAGUGAGGUGCUGCAACGUAAACAAUAAUGGCAUAGUGAUGAAAACUUCAAUUUCAGUAAUUGUCUUUCAGUAUCAAAGCAAUUCAGUUUAUUGCGAUUUUUCUGCUUAAUAUGAGCUCUAGUUUCGGCGAUUCGGAGGUAGUUAACCCUUCAAUUUCGUUUGGGUGAAACUAGUCCGAUUUACAUGGUGUUUAGACUCAUUUUAAUUGCAACAAUCUCGACAAUCCAUUGGCACUACAUUUGAGAAGGUAAAAUUGAAAUUAAUGAAAUUGAUAUUUUCUGCAUUUCAUGUUCAUGUUUCGUGUUCGCGGCGUCCCUUUGCUACGAGCAGUUAAACUGACGUUUUGAAAUUCCUCUAUAGAAACUUGAAGAGUCCAUAAGAGACUUCAAUUGAUUUAUAAUUCAUUUUUCGUAUUGCUAAAUCAAUUUAUUGAAUGAUUUCUCAGAGAAACAUCUGUUAUCUUUACAACAAUUGCAAAAUAGGGAAAUCAGGAAUGGGUGAUUUUCACCCGUCUGGUGGAUCAGGUCCCGAAAUCUUAAGAUUUAACCGAGCACCGCUGUAAACUGUAAGAUAUAUCGAGAAAAAUUCCAAAAACAAAUGGGAAAAUGGGAGACGGGGGAUAACAAAUCGAAGUAUAUAAAUACAAGACAAUGUAGAGAAGCAUUGUCUAGACGCUAGGAAAGUUACGAAACGUAUGUCAAUUGUUACUCUCAGAUAAGUGUGAGUGAGUGCGGUGCGUGGCUAAACGAAUGAGAGAGAAGCGAGAGUGAAAUCUAGUGUGAGAGAGAGAAAGCGAGAGAAAGAAAGAGAGAGUAUUCUAAUUAAACAAAAUGGCAACGCGAAACAGACGAGCAGAAACGAAAACGUGAAACGACAAAAGGACACAAUCGGCAUAACGAAUCAUACUGAAGGGGAACGGGGACAAAAGUGUCCUCUGGUUUCAGUGAUGAUCGUUGAACAGUGGAAAAUGACGAACGGGAGCAACGAGGAAGAGGAGGAUGAAAACAAGGACGAAGAUGCUUCCGAAGACGAGAACGAAUUUUGGAAGACACGAAUGGAAUAGUGACUACCAUUUCAGGUAUAUGAAAUCCCUCCAAUACUAGAUCUCAAUUGCUCAGAACAAUCUAAUUAAAGAAAAAGAAAAAGAGAAAAAAAAAUGAUAAAAACGUUAUACAUUAUUCGUAAUCGAAGGCAACGAAGGCGCGUCGCGUCGCGCCUGGCAAUUGCUGAAUCGUGAAUAUCAUCGAAAGAGUGGGAGAGAGAGAGCGAGAGAGAGAGAGAGAGCGAGCGAGAGAGAGAGAGAGGAUGCGUUAAUUAAGAGUUUUUCAGUAUACCCAGAAAACGGACGAGAGGAAUAAACGUCGACGGCGAAACGAGACUCGCUGUGCGACUGCAAUUUGUCGUUCCCUCUGUAAUCUAGAGGAAAUAGUUGUUUCCUUUUAAAACAGAGUGGUCUGUAAUUGGUGGGAUAAUCGAGGAGCGAGUGAUUCUACGUGGAAAAAUAUAUUAGAAAUGUACAGUAGGAUUUGUUCGCUUGCGGCUCCGUUUUCGAGGAAACCGGGUUUGAAUAUUUGUAGAAUAUACGUGUAAUUGGCUAAUUGAUGAUAGAUUUUCAAGCUUUAUCCUUUCGAGAACGAGGCUUCAAUUGAGAAUAUUUCAUUGUACGUUUUCUGACUUAUUUAUUUAUGCAGAUUCACUUGCUUCCUGGUUGAAUGAUUAGUUACGAGACACUCUGUAGAAUUGAAACUUAAUCUAUAGUGAUCAUUACUGCGACACUUGGUGUUCGAGUUCGUUCUUUGCUGAAAGAAUAAUAUUUCAUUCGUCUUUAGUAAAGCGUAAAUGCAAUAUUGAUUAUUUUAAAUAUUGAAAUUUGUUUUCAAAUGAAUUGUUACGUAAAUUCGAAUCUUUAUUGUUGAACUCCAGAGACGUAAAGCUAUGAAAGAAGUCAUAAGUUAAUAGAAAACAAAACGAUAGACGAUUUUAAUCUCAGGUGUGUUUCUUCAAAGAAAUCAAUUACAAUUUAUCAAUUUGUAUAGCUUACCAUUUCAUUUAUCAAAUAAAAUUCCAAAAAUUCUCUAACUCCAUUCCAAGCCACAAACGACUCGCACCGAGUGGACAACAAUUUUAGUCGUCGCAGCGAUUAUUCAACCACGCGACGUUCAAAUUGCCAAUCGCACAGCGGUCCUCCGCGUAGUAUCGUUAAGUGUAAACCCACACCGCCCACUGUAAACGUUCACCCAUGCAAAUUGUAUACAAUGCCCGUACGUGUAACGCCUUUACACCGUGUAACAGGAGUUCGGUGUAGACAUCGUGUUCCGACUGCGAGCACAACCAUUAUCAGGACCAGAACCGGUGCUCAUUGUUCGCCACGAAGCUGCGAAGCACAAAACGAGAAAACAAGUCAGUCCCCGGGAACAUUUUCCUCGUUCGGCUGAGAGUCGCGUCGCAUCGUUCCGUUUCGAUCUCCGUCGUGGACACUCUCGAUCGUCGAUCAACCGUCUGUAACCGUUGUUAACUGGUCUUCGCAAUAAUCCGCAUCGAAAAGUGCCAAACAGCGCGAUCGCGGUUCUUUCGUCUCAGACACUGAAUUACGCUUUUCUAUUUUCACACGAGAGAUUUCGAAAUAGUGCGGUCGUUGCGUUUUUCCAUUUCUAAGCAAGCAAUAAACAGAAAUCGAGAUAGAUGAUCAGAGGGAAGACGAAUAAAUAAACUUCAUUUGAUUCUACGAAACGAUAGGCUGACACUUUUACGCAGUUCACCGGAGAAGCGCGAUCGUUUGGCACUAGAACGAUUAAACGGGAGCGGGAUCGUGAAACGAGCCCCGAGAACCUCGAGAGAACGUUGAAAAACGAGGCAACCCGCGAAUAACGAUUUUUUUAUUGAACUUUUUCACUCGGACGAUUGAUUCUUCUCUUUUUUUGUUUUGUAGAAAUUUCUUUUUAGGCACGUUCGUGUUCGUAGCGCGCAAUAACUGUGGCAAUAUCGUUGUAUCGAUGUACGACUUGUGCGAGUGUUGUCCAGAAGUAAUAAACGAUUAUUGGAAUUCACAGGUGGAUCGUUGAAUUCGAAUGGAAGUGCUGAAGCAAUCGUGGAUGUAUUCAUUUCGUUUCCCUGGGUGGGCCGGACGCGAGAAAUGAUUUUACUUGUGGAAAUAAGCGGGAAAAUGUGGAAAGAAAUUUUUUAUUGUAACGCUUCGUUUUGAAGAUAGUCGAAUCUUGCGGAUAUUUCUGGGGAAAUCGGAUUUAGUGUGUCUGGCUUACUUUUAGAGCAGACUUUUGAAGUCAAUUAUUUAAAGAGCGAAGCGUUAUGGGAAAGAAUUUUUAUCGUGUGAGUGGAGUUUCAGAUUGAACGCGUUAUUUGUUACUUAUUUUUACAUGUAGAUUGAUUUUUUGUCUUGGUCCACCCUGUACAUUCAUUCCUGGUGUAUACUUUGUGGAGUAAUUCCAUUGAUAUCGGCGAAACGAAUGUGGAAAUGUAAUGAAAAAGGAAGCGAAAUGAUUAAACUUCGUUUGUUCUUUUGUUCUAAGCCGCUCACAUUGAUCAUCGUUGAUUUAACCCUGCUGCGGCCUGUGGAUCUUCUUCAACCCAGUAAUGUUUUAAUUAUUUCAAUUUUAUUACGUUCUUUUUAAUACAUUAUCGAUAGACAUUAAUUUAAAAGAUCAGAGAUAUUAAUUAGAAAUAUAAACAAUAACUAAUAUAAUUUCCUAAAAAUUAUUUCACAUAAUUUCAGUAAAAGAUCUAAUUUAACAAAACCAUUACACUGUCCCAAGCAGACGUACACCGCCAACAAUGCGUUAAUUGAAGAGAAGUAUUUAUUUACAAGGAAAUCGUCACUAUUUUUUCAAUUGAUGAAUUCUAAUAAUGUUACCAGUUUAGUUUAUGAAUUCCAGUAAUGUUAACAGUUUAAUUUACGAAUUCUAGUAAUGUUACUAAUUUCCAAUUCGUGAAUUCUAGUAUUGUUACUAGCUUCGGGUUUACGAAUAACGUCGCCGAUGUUUAGAAGAACCAUGUGCCGCAGCAGGGUUGAAAAAUGGUCGCACACUUGUCGACACUCCCUUUUUGUAAUAUGUUUGCAAUGUCUGGCGCAGGAGUGUACCUCGAGCGUAGAUGCGAUUGCGAGACAACGAGCGUGUUCGGCGUUCCCCUUCGACGUUUUUAGUGCACACAUAUCGGGGGACGCGGCACUCCGCGUCGUUGUCGACGGGACGCGUCUUUUUUCUGCGGAAACGCGCUGUCUCGAGGGCGAGGAAACGCGUUUCAUUCCCCCCGUUGUCGAUCGAUACGAAGAAACUCGCCGCGGAUCCGGCACAAAGGGGUGGAAAGGACUCGACGACAAUGAAGACCCUCGAGGGGAAUCCGCGGACGCCGCGCGUUUCGCGUAUUUCGCGUGGGAAACGGUCGAAGGAAUUGUUUUUCCUCCGUUAUUUCGUUUAUCGUUAGACACCGUUGCUUGCUCAACUGCGCGCGUCGCCGUAUUUUGUCGCGCGAUCGACGUUAUCGACCGGGAAUCGAUUUUGUAUCCCGUAAUCUUAAGUUUCUACUAGGCGAGACACGGUUUCGCGCGCCGACAAGAUGGCGGCUGGUGUCAAGCCGGCUCACACUUACGAGAACACUUGCAGGAGAUAGGUCGGAGAUAUUUUUAAGAAAUGUUUCCGAUUUUUGUUUGUACAUCGGUUAGGUAAAUAUAGAGAAGCGGAAUAAUGAGUAAAACGAAUAAAAGAAAAGAAUAUAAAUGUAUUUGAACUGUAUCGGACGUGGCGAACUUUGGAUAUUCUUGUAUGUUAUAAGUACUUUAAAUUUGAUAAAAGUAAAGUCUACUUGUCAGUGUAGAAUUAAUCUGAAUGUAACUAAAUUAGUACACAGAAACUGUAAUGAAUGAAUAAUUCAUUUGUUUCUAAUAAGAUCAGUGUUUUAAAUUAUGAAUUAAAGAUAUAAAUUUCGAUGCUUUCAAAUGUCUGGAAUCAAUUUAUUAAUAUUUAUCUUAAGGAAUACAUAAAUGAUUUUACUUGUCAACGAUAUCUUCAGUGUUCUCAUAAGAGUGAAGGAUGCAGCGUAGAAAUUAAUAGAAAAUCAUCGAUAUAAAAGUUGUCCAUUGUCAGUGGUCUUUUCGUCGACGAUUUUCAGAAGUGUAGAAGUGUAACAUUUUUCUUUUUCGAGGAUUAUUAUUUUCAUUGUUUUAAAACAUCUUCGACGCAAUUUCCGUCGUGUAGAAAAUGAACGAUACGAACGAGGAUUGAACGAGAGCAAGGGAAAAUGAAAUUCUCGCGCGACGACGAUGGAAGCGAUACUUUCCAAGCGAUCGUUCGCGAUUCUUCUUCUUUUGAUCGCGGGGCCGACGAACCGUCUCAGUGAAACUGGGAACAACGAUCGGCUCGGCUAAAGAUUAGUUUGACUAACACGAGAACGAAGCGAGAAAACGAUUGUUGACCAGAUCGUGCGUUAGUAUGAGAGCGAGAGAAAGAGAGGGCGAGAAAGAGAGGCGAGUAUUGAAUAGAGAAGAUAACGGAGGACAGAGUUGUUUUUGGAUAAGAACGUUUGUAGUUGCAAAAGCAACGUCGAUGAAGAAGUAACAACAAUGUAUACACUAUACAUAAUAUAUGGAUACAUAUGAAAAGUGAAUAAAUCUACGUA